CCACAUUACUCGUUAGUGCCUAAUUGUGAUAACUACCGGAGCGUGCAGUGCCCAGUGAGAUUCAAACUCAACACAGGACUUUUUUGAAAAAUCUCAAGUAAAAAAAAAAACAAGUUAACAUGCAGUCCUCCAGCAUCUGUGUCCUGGCUAUAUGCUCCCUUGUUCUGGUUGCCUCGAUCAGUGCCGCUCCUUUGGACGACUCUCAACACGCCACCAUCCUUCGAUACGACAACGACAACAUCGGCACCGACGGCUACAAUUUCGGUUACGAGACCAGCGAUGGAAUUACCCGCCAGGAGCAGGCUGAGCUAAAGAACGCGGGUACCGACCAAGAGGCUCUUAGCGUCCGUGGCUCUGUCAGCUGGGUGGCUCCCGAUGGCCAGACCUACACCCUCCACUACAUUGCCGAUGAGAAUGGUUUCCAGCCCCAGGGUGACCAUCUGCCCCACAACUAAAUAUCUACCUCUACCUCUACCGCUAUUGACGGUAUUAAUCAGUAUUCAACAUUAAGCAUCAACAUAAAUCAGGGUUCAAAGAUUUCUUUAGAAUUUUAAUCAUUUCAAAAGGCAUUGAAGAAAAAUUUGUGUUUCAUUUUAAAUAUAGUUGUUAAAAUACGCGA